AUGGCCAAAAGGCAGAAGGCUCGGCUCACACGGAGGAUAAAGGCAAGAAAGGACGGGCCGAAAAUGCAAAAUGCAAAUAUUAAUCUUUUGACAAUGUUUCCCACAGGCGAUUUCGAGGCCGAAAAGCCGAACGCGAGGACCACAUUGAUUUGCGACGAAACCGGUGACAUGUGGUUGCCAACUGUGUAAUAAUGGCCAUUGAAUACAAAGGUAAUUUUUUGAGAUGAGGGGGUGCCGGAGCCAAGUGUGAAAUUGAUGAGUUGCCAACGGCAGUCAGCGGAUUAUCAGAGCAAGAAAUCAAGCAGCUGCUGCAGGACAGCCUGUGUCGCCCAAGUCUUGGCCUGGUGUCUUUGUCACUCUUCGAAGGCAUGGAAAUUUACGGUUUGUAAAUGCGAAACUGUAAAUAGAUUCAAAAACAAAAAAACUACGGAUUUGAGCUUUUUAUUAACGGAACUUUUUAGAAUUUUCAGUUAAACACACAUUAACAGUAGUUUUAGGCCCUUCGAAACUAAAUAUAGUUUAAGUUUGCGAAAAAAGAGUUGAAAUGGAAAAAGGAACAUUUUGCGAAACUCGCUGAACUAGUCUACUACCUCAAUUUUUUUCUAAACUUUGUUAAAUAUCUACAAAUAAGCCAAAUUAAAAAUCUGACUGUAGGUCAUGUAAAAAGAACACAUUAAUGUUUUAAUUUGAUUAAAUAACUGAUAGUUUCAAGCUCGUAUACAGAGAAAAAACAAUAGUUUGGAAGAAUCACUGCUGAAACUCAAAAACUUUAGAAAAUUCCGCAAUUUUUGCUCAGUCAAGAAGGAUCCUCAGAAAGGAGUUAGAGCUUGAAAAGCUUAUUGCAAGGAACGGAGUUGAUAAUGUUCAAGGAAAAUAAGCGGCCGGCAGAAACGAGCGGAAUCGGUGGAAGAUGGAAUCCGGCGUGAUUAUGAACGUGGCUCGAAAUCCAAUUGUUCUCGUCGGAAUAUUCGUCCGGUGGCUGCAGCCCUCGUUUCUUCCACAAAAGGGCAGACAAUCACUUCGUGCAACUCUCCGAGACAAAAGCUCAAGGAGCCCUUCACCCAGCGCUUCUUCCACGCGAUUUUUCUUCUUUUCUACAUCAUCAAAAAGGACAAGGCCGUAGUUCAGAAGACGUAUGCAAUAAAGCAAAAAACGGCUUUUCUAAAAUAGGUAAAUAGCUCGGAGUUUCUUCAAAAGCUCCGAAUCGACUGGAUCCAUGUACUGCUCCAUUGAGAACGAAAGAAUAAAAACGCCUCCUAAAACAAAAAGUGAACUCCUAAGUGAAUUUUUCUUCUGACUCGUUAGAAUUCGAACUUCUCUGAUCAAAAAUAUUUGUUAGAAAUUUGAAAAAAAAAAAUCUUUCGAUAGAAUAUUAUCUGGACUCAAGAGAAGAAACAUAAUAUAAAUAAAAAAGUCCAGGUGAGUUGAAAAUCGCAGUGAAAUGGAAAAAGCCAGACUGGAGACGGCUCAUAAAAUAAUCCACACAAAGCAAGUUUAUGAGGUCACAAAGGGCGAUUGAGUCAAAAGGCGAACGGAAAACGAUAUUUUCAUAGAAAGAGUUCUCGCUUUAAAAUCCUCUUGAUAAAUGUAAAAAAGGCGAAGAAUUCGAAACUGACGUUUGUAAGGAUUGGGCGGGGCGUCGUCUUCGGCGUCGACGUACUGCAGCGAGCGUGGCACGGUCAGCAUCAGCAGCACGACGACGUCGGCGAAAUGUCGCAUCGAACCAUCGGCUGCAAAAACCUCCCUUUUCUUUCGAAAAAAUUCUGGUCAUCGAUUCACACCGACUCGGCAGUGUUUGGUCGAAAGUUUGAAAAAGUUAAAGGAGAAAUGUGA